AUGGAGGCCCUCAGUCAGUACGGCAGUCCCCCGGUCGAACAAGCCUCGGCCAUCUGGGCCGGCCUCGUGGCCUCGUACUCGGCGCAACGCAUCGAGUUUGUGGGGACGCUGCUUGUCCAAGUGCUCUCGUUCUGGCUGCCUUCAAUAGCCUAUCUCUUUCUAGACGCCAUCGCACCCGGCUUCUCCCAGCGACACAAGAUCCAACCCACGCCGAAGCAACCCACGCGCACCGACAUCGUGCACUGCUUCCUGGUUGUCACCCGGAACCAGAUCCUCUCGUCAGUCCUACACCUCAGCCUCAUCUACAUCGCCGGCAAAGCGGGCGCCAGCUCCUCCUACCGCGUUACCGCAACCCUCCCGCCGCCCGCUGAAUUCGCGCGCGACUUCGCAAUCUGCCUCCUCCUCCGUGAGGCAAUGUUCUACUACAGCCAUCGUCUACUCCACGUACCAUAUUUCUACCGGCGCAUCCACAAGACGCACCACAAAUUCACGGCGCCGAUCGCGCUGGCGGCGCAGUUCGCGCACCCGCUCGAGCAGAUCUUUGCGAAUGCACUGCCGAUCUCGCUGCCGCCGCAGCUGCUGCAGAGCCAUAUCCUGACGUUUUGGGUGUUUCUUACAUGGGAGCUGUUGAAUACGGCAACGGUGCAUAGCGGGUAUGAUUUCUUUCGCAAUCAGGCGAAAAAGCAUGAUUUGCACCAUGAGAAAUUCAAUCUGAACUACGGGUCAAUUGGCUUGCUGGAUUGGGUGCAUGGAACUGAUAAGUUGGGGAAGAGGCGUUCCGAGUAA